GUGUGAAAGCAACGAUAUAUAAACGUCAGCGUGUAUUUGCAGGUCGAGAUACGAGCGGGCGUAAUAAAUGAUAUUAAAAGAUCAUGUGUAUGUGGUGGCAUAUUCGAUACAUAUGUAUCUGAGCCAAACGAGUACGUUCAACAGUACGUCUGCGCGUAUACAUCUUAAGGCAACAUUGUUCAUCUCUCAACGUCAUCGAUAUCGCACGUGUAAGACACCUUCAAUGGACCGUUCCAUUUCCUUGCCAAAUUCAGAGGUACGGCAAAUUGUGUGUAUGUGUGUGUGUUUUGCGUUUGCACAAGAGGCUUUAGAAGAAUUUCUUACAUCUUCUUUUCUUCGUGUGGCUGUACAAUUUGAAAUUAAAAACAGGGAGGUUCACGUCGUGGCGCCGCUCUCGGGGUUGCGGACGCGCGCGCCCCGAAGGGGGUCUCACCCCAAGAAGGGAAGGGACGGAUCCGUCGCCGCGUGUUGGCGUUCAGUAUGCGGUCGCGCAUUCCACGCGGGAACACCUGUUUGCUCCGGCGGUAACGGCUGCAUCGGCUCGCGUUCUACGCGGUCACGCUCGGUUCGUGGGGGAUAGAGAAGGGAGAGAUCUAAUUUCUUCGAUCUCAAAGAAAAAGCACUUGACGCAAUUGCCUCCAAUGCUUUCUCUCUGGGGCCAGAGGUACAGAAUAGGGAAAGGAGGAGAGAUACAGGUAGAAGUGGGCGAUAAAGAAAAAGAUAAACAGAAAGAAGACAAAGUACUCGAGACUUCGACCACGUGCCCCUCGUUCUUCUCGAUUGUACACGCCAUGUCGCCGCGCAACGGUUCGUGCGUGGCGGAAGUGAGCUCCGUGAGGAGCCUGUCGUCGGACGACGUUUCGGGGACCAAGGCAAAUCGGAAGAAGUCAUGCUGGGCCCGUGCAACCGAUCCGGCCCAUCGUCGCGGCCGGCGGAUCCAGCUGCUGCAGAUGCUGGUGCUGCCCUUCAUACCGAUCCUUGCCCUGAUCGUGCAGACCGCCAAUACCCUCCACGACAUCCUGAUCUAUCGUCAAGAGGUGUCUGACAUAGAGUCGCAGGUAACGAUAGCCACGGACUUGGGCAAAAUGGUCACCAGGAUGCAGUUGGAAAGAUCCGAAGUGGCCUUCUUCAUCUAUACCAACGGUAACACUCUGAGGUCGAAUCUGACGCAGAGAUUUGCCAUAACCGACCAGGAUCUCCACAACAUGAGCACGUGGCCGCUGGUGUCCGUCCCCAGGGAUGAGAGCAAAACGCAGACGUACGACGUAGUGAGCAAGGAGGCUUUCCAAGCACGCCUAGAGGAUUUCAGGCAGAAGAUAAGCUCGGAGGCGAGCAGCAUCAGCGAAGUAAUGGCGUGGUACACGAGCGUGAACGCAGCUAUGUUGGAUCAUCUGACUAAUCAGAUCAAGGAGACGGACAACAGCGGGGUGUGGAGAUAUCUGAUAGCUUUCAAAAAUCUUCUGCGGAGCAUCGAGAGCCUCGGUAUCGCCUCCGUGGAGGGUAUCAAUUAUUUUGGCCGCGGUGUCCUCCCUGGGGAAAACCACGUCAGUUACGUUCGCCACGAGGCACUGGGACGCGAUCUUCUCAACGCCGCUCUCACAUAUGUUCCCUCCCUGAAGAUGUUCUACGUCGACCUCACGCGCACCAUGCCCGAAUACGGCAAGAUCAAGGCAAGGCGAGACGAAAUCCUGCGGAAUCAGAAGAGGGAGCCGAGCGUGGAAGACGCAAUCGCUUACUUCGAUUCGAUGGCCACUUACAUCGACGAGCUGCGUAAGCUGCAGCGGGAAUUGCGUCACAUGAUAAGGGAUUAUGUCAAUUCGACAUUACAAGACGCGAGCAACAAGGAAGUUGCGGGUAUCGCUAUCGUCGUUCUGGUGCUAGUAGUGUCGCCCAUCAUCAUCAUACUAAUGCGCAACGCCGUCGCUACCAUUCAGAUGUAUGCCGCAAAUUUGGCACAGAAAGCUCGUGAGCUCAAACGCGAGAAGAGAAAGAGUGACACAUUGCUCUUCCAAAUGCUUCCACCUAGCGUUGCUCAACAACUCAAACAGACUCAACAGGUGCCGGCCGAGUAUUACGAGGCAGUGACUGUCUACUUCAGCGACAUAGUCGGCUUCACCGAGAUCGCCGCGGAAAAUACACCCCUCGAGAUAGUGACGUUCCUCAAUUCGAUCUACAAAUUGUUUGAUGCGCGCAUCGAAUGCUAUGACGUAUACAAAGUGGAGACCAUCGGGGAUUCUUACAUGGUCGCUUCCGGCUUGCCCGUUAGAAAUGGUGAUAAGCACGUAUCCGAGAUCGCGACGAUGGCGUUGGAUCUGCUCGCGGCCUCGUCUGUCUUCCAGGUACCGAAACGUCCUGGCGAACGGCUUCAGAUAAGGAGCGGGGCCCACACCGGGCCCGUCGUCGCCGGUAUCGUCGGCAGCAAGAUGCCCCGUUACUGCCUCUUCGGCGACACGGUCAACACCGCGAGUCGCAUGGAAUCAACCGGUGAAGCCCUGCGGAUUCACAUCAGCUUGGAAAUGAAGAAGGCACUCGACGCCGUGGGCGGUUUCAAGAUCGAGCAUCGUGGCCUCGUCGAUGUAAAGGGUAAGGGCCUCAUGGAUACAUACUGGUUGGAGUGCAAGGACGGCGGUAUCGCGCGCGCCGCCGAGCUCGACCUGCCAUCAUUCUUUGAGGACGUGCGACCGGUCUUCAUGCGGCGCCUACGCGAGGAGGGCCGCAAAAAUCGACUAUCCCAUCCGAAUCUGCACAUUACCGCAGUCAAGGCGCCGCCGCAGUCGCAGUCGAGCAUCGAGUCCCAGGACUCGGGCACCUACUCGACCACUCCCUGUCCACCGAGCUACUCACCCGCGAGUCAACGUAGCCGUUACUCGCAACCGAAUCUACCGACCCUCCUGAUCUCGUACGAUCGACGCUCGGGCGGCUCGCCCGAUCGUCGGACCCGCAUGUCGCAGCCGACUCUCAACUCCAGCCUAAGCGGUAUCAACUUCUUCAGCAUGAACCGCAGCGUCGGCGUCGGUCGUCUGUCGUACACCAGUCUGCGCGCUACCUCGGGCGACAACAGCAUCAACGAGGAAGAGAGGCUGUCGACGCCGAACGUUCACGCCCUGGGUGGCAGCGGCAGCCCGCGUGGCAGUCUAACGAUGGAGAGGAGCUCGUCGCGACUCUCGCAGCCGGACGUACGCAGAUUUGUCUUGCGACAGGACAAGCGCGAACGACUAUCGCAGCCCACCUUAGUCACUGGCGAUUACUAUCCCGGCCGGGGGCAGCAACGGCUAUCUCAACCAUGUCUCAGCAGCGGUUACCGCGAGAUCGGUGGUAUCGGCGUCGUGCAUUCCCCAUCGCCACCGCCUUUCCCCCUCAAACACAAGAGAUUCGUGCCUCCUGUUCUACAAGCGAGUCAGCGCGACCGCCUGUCCCAGUUGGAUAUCGGCGCCAAAUAUCGGAACAUCAAGGACCUGGGCGGUGGCAGUGCUGCGCAAGUCAAGUUCAAUCGCGAUCGGUUCUCGAUACCGGAGCUGGAGACACAAAACGAUCUGCGACUGAUCGCCGGCACACCCAAGCAACGCUUCAGUCUAGACAGUCAGCUGACAAAACAGCGCUUUAGCCUGGACAGCCAGGAUAGCUGUAAGUCACGGCUGCUACCAAUCGCGAGCUCUCCGAUCUUCGAGCAUCAACAGAUGAAGACCGAGGAUCUUACCGGAAUAACGUCCGACAGACUUAAGAGUCCCACCUGCGAAGGCCUGCAGAGCGUGAUCGUAGCGAGCACCUCGCCGAUCUUCCCGCCCGGCGAGAGGCGAUUCCUCGCGCCGGACUUUCCGUUUGCUGGCAGAAAGAUGUCAACGUCGCCAUCGCCACCCAAGACCGGGGAGUUCGCGAAGACGAUGCGCGCGUCUGGCAAACCGCCGCCGAUUCCGGUCCGAGAAAGAAUGUCGGUACCGGAGAUCAGGAAUUCGAGUUUGCGUCGGCUGUUGGACCCACCUGUUCGGCAGCGGCACAGCAUCGCCGGCAACCUGCGGCAGUCGCUGUUAUCACCAGUGAAGCUACCCGAGUUCGCUACCGGCGGCAGAAAAUCGCCGCGUUACUCGAUUGACGAUGCGCUGGAGAAGCUGAAGAGGAUCGAGAAGGAGGAGAAUCGACGGAAUCAGGAGACGAGCGAGGAAAAGCGGCAGGAAGCCAAGGAGCAGGAUCAACAGCAAGAACAGCAGCAGGAACCGAAACACAUCCAACGACACUACUCGUACACAUACGAGACGUCUGGUAGCGACGAAAGCGGCAGUGUCUCGACACUUGGCAAGAUGAGCGUGGGCGGCACGCCGAAACGCAAGUACCUGGAGAGCAACUUCGACGAGAACGAGCAGGUGAUCACGACAGUGAUCGAGACGGAGGUUCCGAUGAUCCUGCCGAGCACGCCUGGCAAAUACGCGAAGAAGAUCCAGGCAUACUCGAGCGAGACGCCCAAGUGGAUCCGCAAAUACUUGGAGAACGAGAGCCCGAAGAUAGGCCGAAGGAUCUCCACCAGCGCCAAGGACCAGAUCGCCAGAACAAAUCGCAGAAACAGCCGCAGGAAGAGUUCGCUGGAAUCAAUCGAGACGGCGACGAAGAAGCCUGAGGAGAAGGUCCGCUCCAAGUCCGCCAGCUGCGAGGAGAGAAGCAUCAAGAGCGUCAUGGAGCAAUCCUUGAGCGGCGUGAGGGAGACUUACGUGAGAAUCGUGCCGUCCAGCAACGCCCAGGAGGAGAAUAGGUACGAGGUCGGCGUGGAGCCCAGCGCAACCUCCUGGACAAAGACCGAUGGACGAGGUCUUUACGGCGAUGACACCGACACAGACGAUUCCACAUCGAUCUAAUCGGGCGGAAAAUAUUUCAUCUCAGCAUGAAUCGACUCACUGAAUUCGAUCGCUCUGUGUGUGUGAUUGCCGCCGUUAAACCACUGAAAAAAAUUUAUAACUGAGUUUCAAUUAGCUUAAGAAUAUUAUCGUCUUUUUUCGACGAACAUAAAAUUUAAGCGGCUGAUUAAAUGACGUGCGCUCGACAUUAAUUUAUCUGAUUAAUUAAUUACGUACUCGUGUUUAUUACAAAAGAAAAUUUUUAGAUUUCUAGUUUUCCGGUUUAGAGAGAGAAUGUGUGUUUUCAACUAUAAAUAAUUACACAAAACCAUUCCAUUACAUAGCCGAAUGCAACCGAUUUUAAGAAGAAACCUGAAUGAAUCAUUUUCGUUAUAUAAAAUAUUGACAGUAAGAAUCUUUUGUUUCAAAUUUAUACAACCAUAUGCUAAGAGACUGAACAGAGAAUAUAAACCACCCAGAUGCAUACACAUGUUGAAACGAGAUUAACACAAGUCAGAUUGUAGCGCAAUCACGACAGAUACAAGAGAGAGAGAGAGAUUGAUGAAAUAGAUUAUCUCAAGAAGAAUCUCGAAUAUUUUGUACUUAAAAACGCUGCACUCUCUCUCCCUCUCUCUCGUCGUCUCGUCCUAUAUAGAAUGAAUCAGAAAAGUAAAGACCGAAUGCGGAUACCUAUUUUUGCACAAACAAUGGACCAUAAUAUACCGCAUGCGUUUUAGCCUAAAUAAUAUUCAGAUUUGUGUGCUUUAUCGACUUUUUCAAUUAAAAAAAUAAUGACUUCUGAUUUGUACAUAUCUCGAACAGAAAAACGCAUAGAGCGAAAAGUCGAGUAGAAUGUAAGGAGCGAUCGAAAACUCGCGAUAUUCAAGCUUGAACGAUGGAUUUCUUUUUCAAUCCUCGCCAAAUCGUUUGGCGAGAUAAAUCUGGUUUAUUUCGGAUUUUCGAUCCACGUGUGUUCGUUCGCUCGUUCUGCGUGCAACGUGUUGUGUUAGCUCGAAGUAUGUGCGAUUAUUUUUAUCAUGUUUGCAUCGAGAGAGACGUUACGUAGAAAUUAAGUGUAAAACAGUCCAGCUUGUAUAUACAUCGAUUAUAGGGAGUGAUAAUAUAUUACUAAAUGUGCACAAUUGCAUCGUUAGAGAAAUUGUAAGAUCGUUCGAUGUUCUUGAUUGUAUAAUUUUUUGUUUCUUGUCGGCAAGAUAUUUUUCACUUGCAAAAACCGUAUCUCAUUCCUGUGAUUACAUGCUUCAUAUUAAUCGUGAACUGAAUUUAUUUACAAUAAGGUGUGCGGAUGUUCAUUUUUACUGAUACUAGUCAUUAAUGAAAUUUUACAAUCAAAUAUAUAUAGGGUGUUUCUGUGAUGAAUAGCAUGUAGAUUUAAUUGAUAAAAUACAGAAGAGUAAAAAUAUUUUCUUCUCUCAGAUAUAUAUAUAUAUAUAUAUAACAAUUUUUUAACUCGAAAAGUUAUAUAUACUCUACUUUAUUAUUUCGAAAUUAAUUAUUAAAUAUUGUAAAGCCAUCCAUAAAGCAUUUCAUAAAGCUAUCCAUAAAGCAUUUUUCAAAAUCCGAUUUCUGUAAUAUCUCAAAUUUGCUAAUGAUUUUUAAUCUUAAGUUUUUUUUAGUAAUAUUUAACCAAGUUUGCGUCCAUCACUUAUGAACGACUAAACUUCGAUAUUUUGAAUAUUUAUUAAAGAUUUAAUAAAAUGUAUGAAAUCUUAUGAAAUUUUUAUUUGCUAUAUGUUUUGUAACAUAUGUUUAGAAUCUAAGUUUAAAAAAUGGCUAUAUAUUAUUUUCGUUAUUUAAUAAGAUAUUAUUUGGAACGCAAUUUUUCUUAUUCUUACACAUCUAAUUUGUUUCCUCUUCAUCAAAAAAUAUAUAUGCUACAACUCAAGCACCCUAUAUAUAUUAUAUAUACAUAUA